UUUAUAAACGAGGUAAUAAUGUUAAUUUACCUAUACGAAUUUCUUUCCUUGAAUGAAACUUAAUACUUAUAUUUUAAAAUAAAUUUACUAAUUUUUUAAAAAAAUAUAUAAAAUUUUAAAUGGCGAAAAGAUUAUUAGAAAUUCUGAUCUUAUUCAUAUUUGUGACAGGAAGAAGCUCUCAAAAUAGUAAUUACUGGGGAACAUACAUAGGAGAAUUAACCGGCCUAGACCACGAUGUAUAUGGUUCCCUCUAUAUAGGUGAUAAGAAUUCGCUAAUCAUCAAGGAUUUUAAUUUUAAUGGAAAAGCUGCAGCAUUCUUUAAUGUUGGAAUCACCAGCGGAGACCCUAGCAACCAAGGAUAUCGAAUAGCAGAUGAAACAGGAAAAUUUACCGCUUUACGAAAAUACGUAGAUAAAGACAUUGUGCUAAAUCUUCCUAAAAUUCUAUCUGUUCAAGACUUGAAGUGGAUUGCUGUAUGGUCCGAGAUCGAAUUAAAAAGCUAUGGCCAAAUUAUAUUCAAAGAUAAUGCUUUAAAAUCAUUGAAAAUUCCUGCUAUUAAAUCCUUAGGACCUCUCCAGGGACACUCGCAUGAUAUAAGUGCCAAAGAAGUCAUACUUUUGACUGAACGUACACUCAACAUAAAGCAUUUAAUUUACGAUGGCACUGCUCCAGAGUUGUAUUACUAUGCUGGAAAUACCACAAAAAUAACUCACGAGGGAGCGACACAAGUUCAUGAUCAUAGAGGGAGUUACGGAACUUUACUAAAGGCAAAUGGCGAAGAUUUUCUUAUAACUUUGCCAGACAAUUUAACAUGGAUGGAUUUUAGAUGGUUCAGUCUAUAUUGUAUAGCUUUCACAGUUGAUUUAGGUUCAGUUAGAAUUCCAACUUCUGAGGAUUUGUAUUUACCACCUUACAACGCAUAUAAGCUCAGGCAAGUAUUGUUGAAUGAACCCAAAGAAGGAUUGGAUGUAUUUAACACCAAAAUUAAAAAAUUUGAAUUUAAUAUAAAUCGAAUACGUUCCGAUGAUGCUUAUUCAUUUCUUAAAAAUAAGUUUAUUAAAUUUUUUUUCAAAAAAUUUUUUUUAAUGAUGGCUAAAAAACUAAUAGAAAUUCUGACCUUCUUAUUCGUAUUUGUAGCAGGUAGUAACUCUCAAAAUAGUAAUUAUUGGGGAACAUACAUAGGAGAAUUAACUGGCCUAGACCACGAUAUACAUGGUUCCAUUUAUAUAGCUGACAAGAAUACGCUCAUUAUCAAGGAUUUUAAUCAUGACGGAAAAGCUGCAGCUUUCUUCAAUGUUGGGAUCAUCAGCGGAUACCCUAAUAACCACGGAUAUCGGUUGGCAGAUGAAAGAGAAAGAUUUACCACUCUACGACAAUACAUAAACGAAGAUAUUGUGCUAAAUCUUCCUACGUUUCUAUCUCUUCAAGACUUGAAGUGGUUUGCUAUAUGGUCUGAAAUCGAAUUAAAAAGCUUCGGCCAAAUUAUAUUUAAAGAUGAUGUCUUAAAAUCACUGAAAAUCCCUGCAAUCAAAUCUUUAGGACCUAUCAAGGGAAUCGCACAUGAUAUAAGUGUUAAAGAAGUCACACUUAUGACCGAACGCACACUCUAUUUGAAGGAUUUCAUUUACGAUGGCAAGGCCCCAGAUUUGUUUUACUACGCUGGAAAUACGACGAAAAUAACUAAUGAGGGAAAUACACAGGUCCCUGAUCAUAGAGGGAGUUACGAAGGUUUACGAAAAGCUAACAGAGAAGAUUUUCUUAUAACAUUACCGGAAAAUUUAACGUGGAUGGAUUUUAGAUGGUUUAGCCUUUAUUGCUUAUCUUUCGUUGUUGAUUUGGGUUCAGUUAAAAUUCCAAAGGAGUUGUAUUUACCGCCUUACAACGCUUAUAAACUUAGGCAAGGAUCUCUAAAUGCCCACCAAGAAGAAUUGGAUUUAUUCAACACUAAAAUUGAAAAUUUUGACUUUUGA